UAAGCAGAGGGAGAGAGAAGAGUGACGGUGCAGCAUUUUUUGAGACUGGUCCCGAAAAGCUGCCUCCAUCCUGAUUGACGUUGGACGACUCCAACAAAGUAACGGCGUCCAAUGGAAAGGGGUGGUUUCGGGGAAGCGCUCCUCGCCACUCGGCUGCGCUAACAUUGUUGUGGCGUGACGUCACCGCUAGAAGAUGAAGGCGGAGAGGCGGCCAUUACUGGAGGUUCUGUAAUUAUAAAAUUCAAGUAAAUACUGGCGGAAAGCUUCCAUGGCAAGAACCACUAAUCAGAUUUAUGAUGCUGUUCCCAUUCAGUCCAGUGUUGUUAUUUGUUCCUGCCCAUCUCCAUCAAUGGUAAGAAAUCAGUCGGAUUCCAGAUCGCCGCUUGCUAUAGCAGGCGUAAGCAGCAGCAGCCACAGCCACAACCACGGGCCCACCAUGGAAGGCACGGCAGCCGAAACAAGGUCCACGUCUCAAACCUCCGAACAAAGUUCAGAACAGCGGCAACAAUCAAUACGCCAGCUUGCGCAGCCACGGAAAAAAAGGCCUGAAGAUUUUAGAUUUGGGAAAAUUUUAGGGGAAGGUUCUUUCUCGACCGUUGUACUGGCAAGGGAACAAUCCACGGGAAAGGAAUAUGCAAUUAAAAUUCUGGAAAAACGUCAUAUCAUGAAGGAGAACAAGGCACAAUACGUGAAGAGAGAGAGAGAUGUCAUGUCUCAUCUGGAUCAUCCAUUCUUUGUAAAACUUUACUUCACAUUUCAAGAUGAAGAAAAGCUGUACUUUGGCCUUAGCUAUGCUAAAAAUGGGGAGCUGCUAAAAUACAUUCGCAAAAUAGGCUCGUUUGACGAGACCUGUACGAGGUUCUACGCUGCUGAAAUUGUUUGCGCGCUAGAAUAUUUACAUCAGAAGGGGAUUAUUCACAGGGACCUUAAACCAGAGAACAUUUUACUAAAUGAGGAGAUGCACAUUCAAAUUACAGAUUUUGGAACAGCAAAACAAUUAUCUUCAGAUAGCAAACAAGCAAGGGCAAAUUCUUUUGUAGGAACAGCACAGUAUGUUUCUCCAGAACUGCUGACAGAGAAAUCUGCCUGCAAAAGCUCUGACCUUUGGGCCCUUGGUUGUAUAAUCUACCAGUUAGUGGCUGGAUUACCACCAUUUAGAGCAGGAAAUGAAUACCUUAUAUUCCAGAAGAUUAUUAAACUGGAGUAUGAAUUUCCAGAAAAAUUCUUUCCUAAAGCAAAGGAUCUCGUGGAACGGCUUUUGUCUUUGGAACCCUCAAAACGUAUAGGAUGUGAUGAGAUGGGGGGGUACGAACCUCUCAAAGCCCAUCCUUUCUUCGAAUCCGUCACAUGGAACAAUCUUCACCUUGAAACCGCACCAAAGCUAACACCCUAUUUACCAGCUAUGUCUGAAGACGACGAGGAUUGCUAUGGAAACUAUGAUGACCUUCUGAGCCAGUUUGGCAGUAUGCAGGUAGCCCAGUCCAGCUCUGCACAGUCUCUGGUCGUCCCAGAGUCCGAGCCACCGAAAAGAUCAAGCAGUAACAUUGAGCAGUAUAUCCACGACCUGGAUAACAACUCCUUCGAACUGGACCUGCAGUUUUCUGACGAGGAGAAACAGCUUUUGCUUGAGAAGCAGACAGGUGGAAAUCAAUGGCACCAGUUUGUAGAAAAUAAUUUAAUACUCAAGAUGGGUCCAGUGGAUAAAAGGAAGGGACUGUUUGCACGUCGGCGCCAGCUGCUUCUCACCGAAGGACCCCAUCUCUACUACGUGGAUCCUGUCAGCAAAGUUCUGAAAGGGGAGAUUCCGUGGUCCCCGGAACUGCGCCCAGAAGCCAAGAAUUUCAAAACAUUUUUUGUUCAUACACCCAACAGGACAUAUUAUCUAAUGGACCCCAGCGGGAAUGCAGACAGGUGGUGCAAGAAGAUCCAGGAAGUGUGGCGGAAGAUUUACCACAGGCACCAGAAUGCUGCCGUCUAGUGGCAUGAAAAGGAAGGGCCCACCUCUGCUCAUUUCCGUCUUGCCAGACCUCGUUUCCAGAUGAAGAAAGCAAGACUUCCACCACGAUGCCCUGGAUCACAAGCAUUUUAACAUCUGUUUAGGAAGGCUGGCUUCUGAAUUUCUUUUACUCCUUUUUUUUUUUUAAAUAAAAGAAACACACAAAAAAAGCAAACAUAAAUGAAAUUCAGGGUUGCUUUGCUUGUUCUAUGUGCUUUUGUUGCAGCUUCUCAUGCAUAUCGUCGCGUGCGAGUGAAGGUCUUGCUUUCCUGCACUUCUGCUACAGAAUAGAAAAGAUUCCACGUGUGUGUUUUUAACAGCUUGACAAAAAGAUCAAUACAUCAAUCCACAUGCACACACCUCCCAAACAACGUACAGCAGCAGCCCUGUGGUCACAGUGGCCUCUCCUUUUUUUAAUUUUAUCUGAACUGUGUUUGUCAGGAGCCUUUUUAAAAAUUCUUGCUAAUGCCAACGUAUUUUGUUUGCUUUUUUUUUUUUUUUUCCCCCCUUUGGGCAGGUGGGUGGAGCUUAUUCAAUAUCUGCUGCUUGCAGUUGCGUCCGUGACAGCCUUGCUUCAUUCUAAAUAUAGAACUGAUUGUAGUUUUACAGUGGUACUUAAAUAUAACAUUGAUCUCUGUGCUAAAGUGUGAGUUCUUGGCAGACUGACAUGUUACUGUAAAUGGAAUAUAUAUAUAUAUAUAUAUAUAUAUAUAUAUAUAUAUAUAUAUAUAUAUAUAUAUAUAUAUAUAUAUAUAUAUAUAUAUAUAUAAAUAAACAGGAAGUGGCAAAAUAGCUCUGAUCACAGUAACAGUGACACUUGCAAUGCAAUUGCCUGUAUAUACAACAGUACAUUUUGCACACAUUUUUUGAGAUUACCCCUUUCCUUUGUUAAAUUUUUUUUUGUAUGUCUUUAAAAUGACACUGGGAGAAUUGUAGUUCUCAAGUUGAGACCAAUAAGGAUAUGCCUUUUUUUUUUUUUUUUUUUUUUUUUUUUUUCUUCCUUCCUCGUUCUUGACCAUUAUUUUCUAAAUGACAAUUGGAGUAAAUCUGAUGGAAUUCAGAUAAUCAGCUGUGGCAUGUUCUUUAUCCACAAAACAACAUUGCAAUCAAUACAAACCUGUAUGGAUAGCACAGGCGUAACGUGUACUAAGUAUGCAAAAUUUAGCCAAACAGAUAAGCAAAGAAAGUAAUUGUCAUAAAUAGACUAAAACUAUAAUCGAAAAAACAUGUAUCGGUGGAACACAGUGCUGAAACCGGUUAAUAAAUAAAAUAUUUCAUUUCUUAUUUUCACAUUUCAUCCAGGAUUUACAUUCUAGUGCUUCUGUUAUUCUGUGAAUCAUCACAAACCCUGUUUUAGCCCACGCUCUUUAUUUUAAUCCUCAGCAGACAGUCUCCGGUUGUAAUGCUGUGUUCUUGCAGUUCAGUCGGUCUGCCGUGAAUUGCUGUGUGGCUUGUGUUUUAUAGAAGCAGCCGCAGAUUAUUAAGGAAUCCAUGUGUUUGGAUGUCGGCUGAAGCUAUGAAAUCCAAGCAGUAGAAAUUGCUGUAUCUAUCUUUUAAGAUUUAGCAAGUACAGGAAGAGUUUAAUUUUCUCUUGCUAUAGUACAGUUUGUUUUUUUGUUUUUGUUUUUUUUUUUAAUCAGGUUGGCAACAGUCGGUUACAAUGUGUAUUUAAUACUCUACCUGGUUUCGCAGCCGACUAGAACUGUGAUGUACAGACAACGUAUAAUUAAAAUCCGAAGCAAGUAAUGCAAUGAUAUUAGGAUACACACUUUGUAUUUUUAUUCUUGUAUAAGGUUAUUUGCUGGCUAUUUUUAGCCUCUAGUUCAUUCUGUGUUAUUUAAGUUCUAAUAUAUGAAUUAUUAUAUUUGGAUUGAAGUCAUGUUCAGGGGCCAUGUUGUGUAUGUAUUGAGAUGUAAAGCCUUUGAAUGUGAAUAAUUGUUGUAAACUAUGAUAUUUUACUUUUUUCCUCCUCUUGCGUUAUAUAAAUUUUCUAUUUGGUCAGUGAUUUAAUCAUAUUUCUCAUAAUUUAAUGAAUCUGUUCAUUCGCUUUCCGGUAUUUGUGCUUUUAGGUGUAGUUAUUGAAUGAUGAUUUUUCCACUUAAUGCUUAAUAGUCCUGUAAUAAAAGCAUGUAGGGGUCUAGGCAUACAAUAAUAA